CUUCAUACAAUAUCAGGAACACAAGUCAAUGAACACCUGAUUCAUCUGUAAGUCGUAGUGAAGCCGUAAGGAUCGAGUCCAUCUAUCUAAUGGAAGUGAAAGAAACAUCAGUACGUCCUCAUUGUGGAAAUGGAUUUGAAAGUGAAGAGCAGCUUGUGAAGGACAUAAGAAUCCGCACUGGAAAAAAGCCUUUCACCUGCCCUCAGUGUGAAAAACAUUUCUCAAGCCAAGGACGACUUACUGCUCACAUGAAAACUCACAACGGAGAGCGUCCAUACACAUGUGAUGAGUGUGGAAAGAGUUUCAGAAAUAAAAUCCAUCUUGAUAUCCACACGAGAAUUCAUACUGGAGAGCGUCCAUACUUGUGUGUUAAAUGUGGAAACAGUUUCACACAAAAAAAAUGUCUUGUUGUCCACAUGAGAGUUCACACUGGAGAGCGACCAUACACGUGUGUUCAGUGUGGAAAGAGUUUCACAGAUAAAAGAAAUCUUAAUACCCACAUUAGAGUUCAUACUGCAGAGCGUCCAUACACAUGUGUUCAGUGUGGAAAGAGCUUCACACAAAAAAACAAUCUUGAUGUCCACAUGAGAAGUCAUACUGGAGAACGACCAUACACCUGUUCUCAGUGUGGUAAGAGUUUCACAGAUAAAAGAAAUCUUGAUGCCCACAUGAGAAUUCACACUGGAGAGCGUCCAUACGUGUGUGUUCACUGUGUAAAGAGUUUCACACAAAAAAAAUGUCUUGAUGUCCACAUGACAACUCAUACUGGAGAACGCCCGUACACUUGUCCUCAGUGUGGAAAGAGUUUCAAACUUAAAUAUAUUCUUCAUGCUCACAUGAAAACUCACACCGGGGAAAAGCCAUACAAAUGUGUACAGUGUGAAAAGAGUUUUAGAUACAAAAGAAAUCUUGUGAACCACAUGAAGGUUCACACUAAAGAACAUCCACACACCUGUACAGAAACAGAAAAGUAGUCUUAAGAACACCAGCUAGAAUUCAUGCUGAAGAGCGCCUGUACACAUGUCUGCGGUGUGGAAGUAGUUUGCCAAAGAAAGGAAAACUUACUUUAGACAUGAGAACUCGCACUGGAGAGUGCACAAAACCAUGUGUGAUGCCGCUUGGUGUCAAUGCGCUGCAAUGGAAUAAAAUGAAUGCGAACAGAAGAAACACACCUAAUCAAGAAAACAUCAUCAGUUUCAUAACACAUGCGCUGCGAAUACUCACAAUAUAACCAAAUACUGAAAUGUGAUGCAAAGCAGGAGGGACAACAACGGAUGCAAAAAGUGAAGAACUUGACCGGAGUGCUUGUAUUUGCAUGUACAAACCAUAAUAAACAAUAAUCAUAUAAUUGUACAGCAUCUUUUACUUUAGUUAUUUGUCUUUUAGUUCAUGUUUGUUAUAUUGUAAACAACAGAGAGCAAUGUGCAGUAAAAAGAUUUGUAAGUGUGCAUCAGAUGGACACUUCUCUAUCCCAUGAUGCCACAGGAGCUGAGCAACAGUCACAUUUCAAAAGUUUAUCAAAUAAAAAUAGCAGAAAACUCAGUUUUUUUAAUGUAAGUACAGAUUAAUUAAAAGCUAGUAGUUUCAUAGUAUGUGGAUUCGGACGCAGCGUUCUCGAGAUAUUUCAGUGAAUAAAUUACUAACUUAAGACUUAGCGUCUGCCCCACUUUAACUGUGUCCACAAUCGUGUCAUCUGCUUUAGCCGUUUUAAAUGCUUUUAAACCUAUCAGUAUCCAGGAAUUGAAGAAGGUGAUUUGCAAGCUUUAACCUUCUUUCUGUUCUAGUGAUAUCAUUCACCCAAAUUUUUUUAAAUGAAUUAUUAAUUCGAUUGGGCCAGGUCUGGUGUCUCUUAUUAUUAAGUGUCUCCAAACUGGCUCUGUUUCUGCUUAUCUUAAAGUCCCUAUGGUCACUCCCCUUCUCAAGAAGCCAUCACUGGAUCCCUCUGACCUAAAAUAAUUUCGGCCAAAAUCGGUCUUACCUUUCAUUUCAAAGGUUUUGGAGAAAAUUGUUCUAAAUCAACUUCAAUGUUUUCUGUUAACAACUAUAUUUAUGAGUUUGUAUCGAUCUGGUUUUAAGUCUGCUCACAGCACUGCGUCUGCUCUUUUGAGAGUGUUAAAUGAUAUUUACCUCUCUACUGAUUCCGGAGACUCUGUGGUUCUAAUUCUUCUAGAUUUUUCAUCCGCCUUCAAUACCACAGACCACUCCACACUAAUAUUAAGAUUGGAAUCUUGGGUAGGUCUAAGAGCUUACGUUCUGAUAUGGUUUCAGCUAUACCUGUCUGAUAGAAAGUUUUUAGUGAAGUUGGGUUAUUUUACCUCCUCUCCUGCACCCCUGACCUGUGGCCUUCCACAAGGCUCGAUUUUAGCUCCCUCCCUAUUUUCUCUUUACAUGCUUCCUCUGGGCUCUAUUCUACGUAAUCAUGAAGUGUCAUUUAAUUUCUAUGCAGAUGAUACUCAAAUCUAUAUACCUAUUAAAAGAAACAAUUCCACUGCGAUUACUUCUCUUGUGAAAUGUUUACGCCCUCAACUCUGGAAUGCCCUUCCUCUGGAGAUUAGAACAGCCCCUUCUCUGUCUGUUUUUAAGUCUCGGCUAAAACAUAUCUAUUUUCAUUAGUGUAUUGACUACUGUGAUUUGGCCAUUAAAGUUUUUAAUUCAGGUUGUUUUAAACUGUUGACUACAAUGAUAUGGGGGUGUGUUAAAUUUGUGCAUGCAUGGUCUGUUUUUGUAUAUGUAGAAUAAAUGUUUUCUUGUGUAAAGCACUUUGGUCAGCCUGCUGGCUGUUGUAAAUGUGCUAUACAAAUAAAAUGAAUUUGAACAUGAA